UCCACUAACCGUCCGCUGUGGACGCCACAUGGCAUUUCUGUCAUGUUGGCACAGUGAGCGUGUUGGAAAUCUGCUGAGCUGUCUGCGCGUUGUGGCGUCUUUAUGGCACAUAAACGGUGAUGGUGGCAUCCUGCGACUGAUGGAGCAGCUUCUCAUGUAUCCUGAGUGCGAGGACGACUGACAGGAGGAGGAGUCAAGACAACGAUGCCAGUGCUUGAGGUGACCUGCAGCCUGAUUGGCUGGUUGUGUCUCUACCUGUUGCUCUGUUGCACCUUCAGCAAGCGGACGCCUGAGUGGAACUGCCGUCUGGUCACGUUGUCCCACGGCGUCCUCAUAGUGCUGCUGACGGCGUAUGUGGUCUUCGUGGACGGACCCUGGCCCCUCACUCAUGCAGGUACAGAGAACACUGAGAUGCAGACCUUCGCCCUGGCCGUCUGCCUCGGCUACUUCUUCUUUGAUAUCGGGUGGUGUGUUUGCUACCGGACUGAGGGCCCCGUUAUGAUGGCGCACCACGCUGCCAGCAUCGCCGGCAUCCUGCUGGCGCUGUUCAUGGGAGAAUCAGGCUGUGAAACCUGCGGGGUGAUCUUCGGCAGCGAGCUCACCAAUCCCCUGCUGCAGACCCGCUGGUUCCUCCGGCAGCUCGGCCUCUACGACAGCCUGCUGGGCGACGCCGUGGACCUGCUUUUCAUUGUACUGUUCGCCACUGUGCGAGUAGGUGUCGGCACAGUGAUGUUUUACUGCGAGCUCACCUCCCCCAGGACCUCACUGAUUAUGAAGCUCGGCGGCGUGGCCAUGUACGGACUAGCCUGGGUGUUCAUGGUGGACAUAGCCAGAUUUGGCUACAAGAAAAGUAGGGCCAAGUAUAAAAAGUGGAUGGAGAACCACAAGCUCAAAGAAAACAACACUCAGAAAGUGGACGGACACUUGGACAAAAGCGACUGAAGGAGGUCAUUGCAACCUUACAGGGAGCUUAUCUGCUGUGUCUGUGUAAACUCAGGCUUCUACUGCUUGAAGGUGCUUUGUACAGCAGCAUCUGACAAAAAAUAAUAAAUCAUUAUUACAUA